CAUAAAUAAAAACAGAUAGCCGGUGGAAACUGCUCGGCCAUAAUUCUCCUCCGGCAUUAUAUUUGGGCCAUUAAGCUUCAAACAAACAAACAAAAAAAAAGAGUUGAAAGAAGUGCUGUGAUAAUAAUAAUAUAUAUGGGGAACCAAUACCAAUCAGUGCUGGAGGGGCUGGUGAAAUCAAUAACGACGAGGGUGAAGAAACUGGGGAGGAAGAAAUCGGCGGGGGAUAAGCCGUACGCGAUGAUCGUCAGGACGAAGAGCGUGAAGGUGGAGAUCCGCAGCCGCAAGGCCCGCCGCCUCAUCCACAAGAAUCUCCAACAAGUCCCCAUCUCCUAGUUACCUACCCCCUCCUCUAAUUGUUAAUUUAACCCCCAAACCCGAAAUCCGCCGCGCCAAGCCGGCAACGGCGGCGAAUGCUCUGACGACGACGGCGCCGGAGCUUUGGUUUCCUGUUUAAUUUGAUACUAGCUUGAUCUGUAUUUUUGCUUGCAGUUCGUGUUUUUAUUUUGAAUCGGAUCCAUAUCAUAUCACCUCUUUUCCUUUGUCAACUGUAGAUUUGAAUGUGAUGAUGAAUGAAUAAGUCGUGAUUCU